AUAACUUUCCCGCCGCUAUUUAAAGUCUGAGAGAAACUUGGAGACGUUUCAUUUUUGGCCAGAGUUUCAUGAAAUUGAACAAUCUAAGUUGUCGUCAUUACUGUUCUCUUUUUCAGUGUGUGACAAUAGUUCUUAGACACUCGGCACUUGCAAUUUAGUUGAUUUCGCGUCACACACGAUGACAAAUAUCUUGAAUGGAAUUGGGUCUAAAACAAAUGUCUUGGCUUUAUGAAGAUGUAAAAGCAGAUAUUAUUAUGUUUGGAAGAUUCUUUGAAUUCGUUUAAUUAAUAUGCAACAAGAACAAAUAAUAAUUCUCAUGAUGAUAACUGCAACGUCAAAUUUUGUGAAAAUCAAAGGAUCUCAUUCAUCAAUGAGAUUAAAAUUAAUUAAAGAAAUUGAAACAAAGGAAUUGUUGAAAUCAAAUUGAAAGAACAAACAAUAGGAUUAAGUUACAUGAAUUAAUUUAUGUUUAUUAAUAAUGAAAAGUUGUCUAUUUUUGAUAGAAUAUUAAAAAUAACAAAAAUUGCAUCUAUGUAAUUCUUCAAAUUCAAGUUUAACAAAACAAGGAAAUAUAAAUAAUUUAGAGGAAAAAAUAAAUGAAGAGAAAAUAGACUUUAUAAAAAAGUAAAUAAAGAAGAAAAUAGACUUAGAAAAAGUAAAUAAAGAGAAAAUAGAUAAGAAGAAAAUAAAUAGAAGGGAAAAUAAAUAGAAAAAUAAAGCGUAAAAGAAAUAAAAAUAACGAAAAAUGAUGGAAAAAAUAAAUAAAUAGAAAAAAAGUGAAAUAAAUCGUUAAAAAAAUCGAUGAUUACAUAAUAUACAGGUUUCAUCUUUUAUUCGAUAAUAAUUUUUUUUUCCCCCUUUUUACUAUGGGAAACUGGGUGAAUGCUAGUGCAGAUAUUUAAAAAACGGCCACGGACGCCUGGGAAUAGAAUCACUUUUCGACGGCACCUAGAUUCAAUUUAACGGAGCAGAUUCUAUGUCUAUAUACAAACACAAAAUUCUUUAAUUACGACGAAGAAAAAUUCAAUCUAACUUGAUUAUUGUUUUUUAUAUUUCGAAAUUUGUUUUACUGGCUAAAAAUAAAUUGAAUUAAUUUUACAAGUGAAGAUAAAAAAUAUUUUCGAUUUUGUGAAAAAAAUAAUUGAGAAUUAUUUUCAAUAUAUAGAUAAAAUCAAUUUUUCAGAAUUUUAAAUAUAGAGUUUGCUAAUUAAGACAAUAUGAAAUUUCAAACGUGUAAUUGGGUCAUACAAUGUACUGGAGAAUAUCAUAACUAUAUAUAUAUAUAUAUUGAUAGAGGGUAAGUAAUCGAAUAUCGGAAGUAUCGAAAAUAGUCAUGAGUCAUUAAUAAACAGUGAACCCACAUAUUUGCAGUUUCAACGUUCCUAGAACGAAUUUUAUGGCUUGGAUUGAAAACAAAUUUUCGAAUAAGAAAUUUUCAUAUAUAUGAAUUUACGAUUAUAUUUGAACAAAGAAACAGUUCUUUUUAAAUUUCUUUUUAAACAUUUAUGUAUACAUUCUUUGAGAAAGAGUGAAAAGCUUCAUGCGCGGGGAGGCAUAUUUAAAAAAAAAAAGGAAAUGAAAAAUUGACCACCCGAAGAUAUUGUAGGGCCAAGAAAAUGUAUUUCACAUACGACGUUGAGUGUUUCUUGGAUAAUUUUAGAUUGAGAAGAUAGCGACUUUGCCGCACAUGAGAGAGAAAGAAAAUUCAGGAGAGGAAAUAAGAUGGUAUGGAAACCACCAGCAAGUGGGACGUGAAAGAAAAAGAGUGGAAGAGGUAAAAAGCGAGAUGGAAUGAUGAAGUUUCGGGUGUGAGUAUAGUCUCUCGUUCGCGCAGUUAUGCCGAUCAGCUUCGACUGUCUGUCGCCAAUUAAAUUAUUAUACUUCAAAUUUAUUAAAUCACUGCGUGACAGAAGUGUUGUAAAUCGAAAAAAAUGUGAUUGCUAGCCAAUAAUCCUUUUAAUGGGUUAUGAUUAGUUGAAAAAUUUUGUCAACAGCUAUAAAAAAAAUCCAGGAAGCAAAAUUGCCUCCAAAAAGGAGAAAAAAGAAAUAAAAAUGUUAUUGUCGACAUGAAUGUGAUUCUCGUACUUCAUUAAGAUGAUGGCAGGAACAGGAGUGAAUAUAUCAGGAGCUGGGAUGUUGAGGGCAAGAAGGAAAGAUAUCAGUAUCAAACCAAAUAGAAGAUUAGACAGAAAGUCUUCGCGUGGAAUGAUUUACGAAAAUGAGGAACUCAGACUCCGAACUAUUCAUAUCAAUGCUGCAAUCGAGCAAGGACAAAACGAUAUAAAAAAAUUGCGGAAAGAGAACGAACAACUACGGAGGGAAAUAUGGUGCCUAAGAGAUGAAUAUGAUAAAUUAGAGGAAAUCUUAAGGAAGCAAAAGAGUCAUGAUGGUAGCGAUGAAUGUGAGAGUCGUUCAGAAGAUAAUGAAGCUUCACAAUUAAGUAACUCUGAAAGAGGUGAAGAAGAUAUUAAUGAUGAUUUUUUUGAUGACGUCGAUGCUGAAAAUGAUGACAAUGAAACGAUUUGUAAUAAUAUUGACAAUAAUAUUCAAUGCGAAAACGAUGACGACGACGAUGAUGAUGAUGAUAAUAAUAAUGAUGAUGAUGAGAACGACGAUAAUUAUAAUGAAAAUAAUGAGGAUAAUGAAGAUUACAUUAAUGUUGAAAAUCGAGAACACAAAGAAAAUAAAAAGGAAACAAAGAGAAUUGACAACGAUUCAUUGAAAAAUCCAGAUAUUCAGAAAUUCGAAAAAUCCAAAGAAUCAGAAAAAAUAAAUAAUAAAAUUCAAAGAAUCACUUCAGAAAAAAUAAAUAAUAAUCUAGAUCAUCUUCAAGUAGAUUUUGAUGGUUUGUCAAUUGUCGACGAAGAAGAGGAACAAAAGAAAGGACGAAAGUACGAUGACGAUUUAACAGACUAUAAUGGAAUUAAUUCGACAAAUUCAAAACAAAAUUUAUUUUCAAGUUCAAUUUUUAAUACCAAUCCAUUUAUUUUUCCAAAUGUAAAUCAUACAUCAUCACAAAUUUUUGAUUCUACAUCGACUCCAAAAUUAGAUACUUCCUUAUCAGAAUUCAGUAAUUCUAAACUCGCAAAAUCGCCCAAACCUUCUGUUACAUUUGAAAAUCAUUCACCAAAUAAAUUUUAUCUAGAUAGUUCUAGAUUUUUUGCCGAAAGGAAUCAAAAUCACGUCAAUUUAGAAAAUCAAACUAGAAAAAUGGAAAUUUUCAAUCCCAACGAAAUUGAGAAAGGAACCUUAUCACCUUUAAACGUAAGGCCAAAACAAAUUUUCGCGCCUUUGAAAUUUAAUACUUCGCGAAAACUAUUUUUUGCGAAACAAUCGGCAAAAUCACCAAAUGAUUUCUUUUCAAAUCAUUCACUGGAAAAUGAAAUAAUCACAAAACAAUUAUCAAGAAACAAUCAACAAUCAUUGAUAAAUGAAUGUCAAGAUAAUAAAAGUAAUGAUAAAAUUAUUUCCAACAAUGUAGUGAUAAAUAAAACACAUGAAAAAAUUUUUAAUUCAGAAAAACGAAAAUCCAUCAGUUUGGAAAAUUUGUUUCCCAAUAAAAUGCAAAAUGAAACAAUGAAUAGUUUCAAAUUAUUCUCAUCGUGUCGAAAUUUAAAUUCAGAAAAGAAAAAUGUUGAUUUUCUCAUAAAUAAUGGAAAUUUUCCAAAUACAAAUAAAAAUUCACAAGACAAUCCUUCAAAAUCAUUUAAAUCACAAUUGAGUGUUAUUCUAAAAACUCCAACAAAUAUAUUAUCGAAAAAAAAUUUACAAUCACCAUCAACAAAUUGUCAAUCAUUGAAUAAUUUAUUUUAUCAAAAUGGAAAAGAAAUCACUCCAAUAAUGAACGAUAAUAAUGAUAAUGAACAUUAUCAUGGUUAUCAAGCAACAUCAUUCGAAGGUCCUUUUCCAAUAACAUUACAAAUUCCCUCAAUGAUGCCAAUUGAUGUUGAUUAUAAAAAUAUGCCCUUUUUAGCGAGAAAAUUCUAUUAUCCCAAUGAGGAGAUGAAAUUUGUUUACGAUUCAAUUCCACAAAAAAUAUCCGCUCACACACAAACACUUGACGAAGAUAUUUUACAGGAGUCCAAUGUUGUUCGUGGUAAAAAGGAUUUAAUAAGAACAAAAAGUGAAUCAUUAAGCAAGGACACAAAUUGUAGUCGUAAAAAAAGUACAAAAAAGGAGAAAAUUGAGAAAAAAUCGAAUGUCGAUCGAAGAAAACGUGAUGUUUUAAAGAAUCAAGUUUCAAUAUCAUCAUGCGAUGAAUCAGAAUCGCCAAAUGCAAUAAUUACAUCAUCAGGAACGAAUUUUGAUAGUCGGGAAAAUAAACAUGAAAGUCGAUCGUCAUCAUCCGAUGUGGAUUCACAAAGAAAGGAACAAACACAUCGUGUGUCAAUUUAUUUUAAUUCAAAAAAAAGACCUUCUCUAACAUCAAUGAAGAGUACUCGAACUAUGGAAAAUUCCAGAAAUAAAAUCAUUCCUCAAAAAGAUCAUUCAGAUGGGAAUUUAGGUGAAUCAAUAAUAAACUCUGUUAAUAGUAAAGAAAUUGGUAAUAAUAAGAGACGAAAAACAAGUACGAGUAGUGAAAAUGUUCCAUGGUGCGCGUGUUGGGGUAAUGGUUGUAUUUAAAUCAGUGACGAAAAUCAAAAAUUUAUUCAUAUUUUUUUUUCUAAAUUAUCUGCAGUUCUUUUUACUAAAAUUAAUUUUUUUCGUCUCUGAUUUAAAGAAAAAGAGUCAUUCCAUUUUUAAGGAUCAAAGGCUGUACAAUAGAAAGUCAUGAUUAAUGACGUCAAAUUACACAGAAAAUAAAUAUAGUUAGUAAAUUCUGCUCUUUUUAUAAAAUAUAAAAUAAUUUUAAUUUAUAAUAUAUGUUAAAAAAAAACUUGUGUUGAAAUUUACAAAAUAAAAAAAAAAAAAAUUUGCAAAUACUAUUUUUCAUUGAAUACACGUUUUUUCUUUCUAAAUAACUAACACAUUAUAUCAUUAUAUAUAUAUUUAAUACCAAUCAAGAUGCGCUAACAUAUCACAUACAUACUUAACUCUAAAACACUUAGAAUUUUACCAAAUAAUAAGAGUAAAAAAAUUGAAAUUCAUAAUUUCAUAAAACUUGAAUAAUAAAUUGUGAACUUAAAUCGUAAAAUGUUGCAAAAA